AUGCCUCGACACCACGCCGCCGUACUCCGCCUCCUGCUGUACUUGCAAUGCUGGAUUCUGGCCGUCUAUGGAACUGGCGAUGCCACUGGACACGCGCACGACCGUCUCGGACUGGCCUACGCAGAGCAGUGCCAGGCUCAACUCUUUGCCUAUCGACACGCCUCUUUGUCGUACUAUUCAGUACAGCCAAGCUCGACCUCAUAUUUUACCAGCACCAUCGUCGCGCCGUCGUGGGCUCCGGGUACUACCAGCAUUGCCAGCCUGACAACUCUCUGUGACGGACACCCGCGAGUGGUCGGGUCGACAAUUCGCACCGAAGGACCUUCUACUAAUCUCACCAAUGUCUACACCAAUACGAAUGUGUACCCGCAGAGCACUGGGUACAAACCGCCGCCAUGCUCGAUAGGUCCCAAUGACUGUGCGCUGUUGUACAGCUCAUGGACGCGCAGAUAUAGCCAGGUUUCCACACAGUCCGGCUUUGCUGGCCUUUUGAAUCCCCCAUGCACCACGUCUACGCCGUCUAUGAGCUACUCCACGAACUCGGCUGGAAAAGAGUGUAACAACUGUCAAGUUGCAGGUAGCAAGGCACGAUUACUAUAUUGGCCCAUCACUACUGUGCCUGGCUCUGGGAACUUGUGUAAUAAGACUGCUAUAACCAUCCCUGGCACGCGAACUGCCGACGGGCCUAACACAUUCGUUACAGCGGGUGUCACCAUCACAAGCCCGACUAUUGGAGUAUCAAUUGCAAGCCUGUCUCGCGUCGAUGGGUGUGGUUCAACGAUCGCGACCACCAUUAUCCCAGUCAAUCCCGAGGAGAUAUCCUCAGUGCGCGGCAAUAGGGCAAUGUUCACCCACAUGCCAUUCAACUUUGCCGAUCUUAACUGGCACUGUCCAGACGGCGAAUAUGUCACAGAUGAUGGCCACCACAACUGCUACCAAGAGGUCCCUGCUGCGGCGUAUUUCGAGGGCACUUCGAAUUGGGUCGGCUUAGAUGCCAUGAACGUGGACUGGAGGACGCAGAAGAAUCUGACUAUCUGGAACGACUAUCAUCCACAAUUGCUGCCACCAGAGACGAUGAUGGAAGCGGUGCACAGCAUUUGGGGCAAGGGCUGCAACAUACAUCCGGACGGAAUUUGGGACCCACCAAUCGCUCUCCAGGAGGCCACUUCUGUCGUGGUGCCUACAAAUCCAUAUGCCGUCCCUACAGAAUCUCAGCAAACGUCUACUAGCACCGCCGCGCCUGCUACAUACACUGCAGAAUAUGCCACGCAAACUGCAGACAGCGGCACAAGUACAAGCCACGAAGCGACGGCCAGCACAGCGUAUGUGCACGAGUCCGCACACCCUGCACCAACAGGUGGAUCCCCAGCAGAGCACGAUCAACCCGCUCAUUCCGUGAGCAAACCACCGUCACAUGGAGGCGGUGAACACGACCAAGGGAACAACGGGGGAACUGGACACGGAGCCUCAUCUUCUAGUCCGGUAGUCGUCAUCCAUUCCGUCACCUACACCCGCCAGAUCCAAAGCAACGGAGCUGAGGUGUUAACCAACGCUCAGACCCACUUCACGGUCCCCAAAGGCACAGCAGGCAGUCCGCCUGUCGUGAUCAUAUCUCAGAAGACCUACACCGUCAGCACGGCGCCAGGUGAAGGGGCUGGAGCUGGGUACUAUCUCAUUGGCGAUGGCACUACCUAUGGCAGUGAUGGUCAACAGACAUCUGAACCUUCGGUCCAUACUCAGUCGACUUCUGGCACGGACGAAGAAGACACAACUCUGGCAAGUGACAGACGGUCUGGUCCAACUUCUACAUCACCUAGUGGUAAUGCUGCGACGACUCAAGGUUCGAACCAACCAUCGUCGUCAGCUGCGUUGCAGGGCUCGGCUGCAUCUGGGUAUGGCAUGCCGUCAUUCAUGCUGUUGACGACUCUGGGCGUGUUGGUCGUGCUCACACUACAGACUGGCUGA